CAGCCAUUGGUCCUAUCAGUCAGAUUCGUUGCCCACCAUUCUUGCCGCUCCAUUCGAGUCGAACGCAUCGGCGGCGCUCUGCACGAGAACUGACUUGUGCUCCCUUCCUCGCCACAAGUCCCGUGGUCUUCACCGUCACCACCUAUACCGCCACAGCUCGAUCGCAACAUGACAAAAACGGCGUGGUUGGGCGUACUGCUUGCGCUUACCACCGCCCUGCCCGGGUCGUUUUCCUGCCUGGAGGUCGAGCGGGACUGCACCCUUGACAUGCACUGCUGCCAGGGGAUGACCUGCAAGAAGGAUGCCGGCUCCGUGUACGGAAAGUGCCGUUCUGGUGCAAGUGGUUCUGACAGUGAGAAGUACGUCGCGGAGUUUUGGCAGCACAGUGGCCCCGGUGGCAACGGGCUUGUGGUCACGGCCAAUGCCCAUAAUCUUGGCCAAUGCCAGGGCUUCUCUGGACACUUCGAGUAUCUCAACGGCGAGGUGUCAGGACUCAAAUGGUCUGACAACGUCGUCCUGGUGGUCUACGACGCGGUCAACUGCGGUGGCAGCAGCUUGGUUGUAUACUCUUCGGGCCCGCACAAGAUGAGGAAAAGUGACGGGAUGACGGAGGACAGCGCCUUCCUGGCAGGCGUCGUGGCCAACCUGGAGACUGUGUGCCUGAGGGACCGUUGCGGAUACACCAGCACUUCAAACAGCGUAUCCUACAACGUUGAUGGCAGCGUGGGCUUUAACGUUGGGUUUUUCUCAGCCGGCGUCGGUGGCGGCCGCGGCGAGUCGUGGGGAAAGGACACGGCGUGGGACCGGUGCGAGUGCACCAGGACCUGGAACGAUGACAUCAGGUCCUUCCGGAUGUUCCGCAGAAAUAUAGGGACGAGCAAGGAUGUUCGUCGCCGUCGAAGGGAGAUUCCUCGUAAAAAUCUUUCCCCGGCUGAGCAAUAACGAAGCAAACAUCCAACCUAACACAUUAUCAACACACUCUAUAUCGGAAUACUUAAUCUCGGGGAUGCGAUACAACGGAAACGCGACGGCCGAGCGGGUAGGUUAAAGUGAACACAUUUGUUUUUUUAUUGCGAACCGGCCGUUCAAACCGCCGCUCAGUGGUCUUCACUGCAGAUUUGCUUGUUUUAUAAAACUUUGCUAUGCAAGAAUCGUUUCGGAAAGUAUAUAAUAAGUUACCUCAGGUAACAAUGCUAUGGAAUAUAACAAGAUCUCCCCUGUU